GGGACGGAUGCGGAUCGCGCCCUAGGGGCCCGCGGGGGGCGGGGAGGCCGCCGUGAGGAGGCGGAGCUGCGAGGCCCGCCCGUCCGCCCGGGCCGUCGCAGCCGCUGCCGCGGUCCCCUGCGCUCCUCCCCGCUGCCGCCGCACGCCCCCAGCCGGUCCCGCCUCGCCUCCUCCGCGGCGGCGGCUUCCGCCCCUCUUAGCUGCGCUGCCGGAGGAAACGGAAGGAGGAGCAAGCUAUGGAGGGGAACAGGGAUGAGGCUGAGAAAUGUGUCGAGAUCGCCCGGGAGGCCCUGAACGCCGGCAACCGCGAGAAGGCCCAGCGCUUCCUGCAGAAGGCCGAGAAGCUCUACCCACUGCCCUCGGCCCGCGCACUAUUGGAAAUAAUUAUGAAAAAUGGAAGCACGGCUGGAAAUAGCCCUCAUUGCCGAAAACCAUCAGGUAGUGGCGAUCAAAGCAAGCCUAAUUGCACAAAGGACAGCACAUCUGGUAGUGGUGAAGGUGGAAAAGGCUAUACCAAAGACCAAGUAGAUGGAGUUCUCAGCAUAAACAAAUGUAAAAAUUACUAUGAAGUACUUGGAGUUACGAAAGAUGCUGGUGAUGAAGAUCUGAAAAAAGCUUAUAGAAAGCUUGCUUUGAAGUUUCAUCCAGACAAAAACCAUGCACCUGGAGCAACAGAUGCUUUUAAAAAGAUUGGAAAUGCUUAUGCUGUUUUAAGUAAUCCAGAAAAGCGAAAACAGUAUGACCUCACGGGCAAUGAAGAACAAGCAUGUAACCACCAAAACAAUGGCAGAUUUAAUUUCCAUAGAGGUUGUGAAGCUGAUAUAACUCCAGAAGACUUGUUUAAUAUAUUUUUUGGGGGUGGAUUUCCUUCAGGUAGUGUACAUUCUUUUUCAAAUGGAAGAGCUGGUUAUAGCCAACAACAUCAGCAUCGACACAGUGGACAUGAAAGAGAAGAGGAAAGAGGAGAUGGAGGUUUUUCUGUGUUUAUCCAGCUGAUGCCCAUAAUUGUAUUGAUCCUCGUGUCAUUAUUAAGCCAGUUGAUGGUCUCUAAUCCUCCUUAUUCCUUAUAUCCCAGAUCUGGAACCGGGCAAACUAUUAAAAUGCAAACAGAAAACUUGGGUGUUGUUUAUUACGUCAACAAGGACUUUAAAAAUGAAUAUAAAGGAAUGUUAUUACAAAAGGUAGAAAAGAGUGUGGAGGAAGAUUAUGUGACUAAUAUUCGAAAUAACUGCUGGAAAGAAAGACAACAAAAAACAGAUAUGCAGUAUGCAGCAAAAGUAUACCGUGAUGAUCGACUCCGAAGGAAGGCAGAUGCCUUGAGCAUGGACAACUGUAAAGAAUUAGAGCGGCUUACCAGUCUUUAUAAAGGAGGAUGAACUGGAAUUUUUAUUUAUAUCUUUUAGUGUACUCUUUAUUUUUUCUGUAAGUAAGUUUAGUUUCAUCAUGAGGGAUGAAGGAAAAGAUUUGAUACUGAAAACUAAACUGAAUAGUUGGUUCCUGAAAUCUUGGACUGUUUAUGACCUACUGGCUCCUUUAAAUAGUAACUGAAAACUAAAAUGGAGUAUUUUAGUUAACGCUUCUACAAGUAUUUUCAUUUUAAAAGCUUACAUGAUUCCUAACUAAAAUGUCAUGAGAAAGGAUUAUCACACCUGUAGCAAUUUCCAGUUUUAGUGAUUCUCCAUUUUUUCCCUUGUCAUGUAAAUAUUUAUGGAAUGAUCAUUUUGUGUACAUACAGGUUACUGCUUUUUUAUUUAAAUUCUUUUAGUGUUUAGCUCCAUGAGACACUUCAGUUUAAAUUGAUGGAAUAAAUGUUAUAUGACACAUUUACAUUUUCCUUAUCAAGGUGUCAAAUAUGUGGACUUUAAACAAUGAAACUUUUUCAAAAAGAAAAAACAAAAACUUUAACUUUGUGUAAAAUCUUAUAGUAUUAUCAGCUUAGAGGGAAUUGAUAUUUUUAAUAUUGCCGUUAUAUUCCAAAAUAUAUAUUGAGAUAAAUGAACUGGUGUAGAAUAUCAGUUUGCUAUUUAGUUUUAUGAAUUACUAUACAUAUACAUGCAUAGAAAUGAAAUGCUAUACUGAUAGAUUUUAAAGAAAAUAUGAGGAAAUGGCUAUAAAUAUUAAACUAAAAGGGUCUUCAACAGUAAAGUGCAGUUAUGUCAUUUAAAAUUCCAAUACUUUAAAGGCCACCAAAUUUUGAUGUAUAUGUCCUUGAAGGGCUGCUAAAAUUUAUGAAGAGGACUCACAUUUUCCCCCAUAGAAAUUUGCAGUUUCUUGGUGAUCAUUUAAGCAGGAUCCAAAGAAGUUCCUCUACAAAUAAGUAAUAAGAAAAAUGAGUACUAAAAUACAGCUUUGUGCCUUUUAACCCUAUGCCAACUCCUAAACAUAUAAGUAGAUUACAGUAUACUUAUCUGAUCAGAGCAUGAUCUGUUUGGCCACAUGCAAGUGUGAGCAGAAAUAGAGCAGCACGUAGAAUAGUAACUUAAAGCAAGUCAUCCUUUAAAAAUUCUGAGCUAAAAUCUAUUCACCAUUGAGUAAUUGAAUUAAUCCCAUAGGAAUAAGCUCCUUGUAAGUAAAUCCAUGAUAUGAAUUAGAAAAAAAAACAGCUGGAAAUUGAAGUUUUUGGUGCCUGUAUACUGGAUAUGAAACUAUUUGAUUUCUAGUCUUCUGUGUUUAGCAGUUGUAAUAUUUUAAUGAUUUUGCUUCAUACUCGGUUAAUGGAACAUAAACAUAUCUUUGAUACUUCUUUGUGAGUGAGAGAAUGCUAGGUAGGGUGGCUUUGUUCUUUGUUUAAGUUUUUUUUCCUGAAUGUAGUUAAUUUAUGGCAUCUGUUGAAUAAAACUGCUAAAAUGACCUCUUAAAAA